AUGACCAUGAGCACUAGUGAUUCGACAGUAACUCAUGAGUACUCAAACACAAUGCUUCCGAGUGAUGAAUGUCAACAUUCCGAAACGUAUGACACUACCAACUCUUUCCCCCUGCCAACUCGGCAUAUUGUUCCAUGUAGCAGAAGAGUAUCAUCCGAAAUUGUCUUUGAAGGCGGCAUCGUAGAUCUGGCGGUGAUGGUAGCACGGUCAAAAUCGAAAUCGAAUCGAAAUCGGCAAGUUUGCUGCAUCUCAGGUGGAGAACGAUGCCUCGGGUACGAAGGACUGCAGAUCUUCAACCUUGUUCUGCAGAACGAUACGCUGUUAGAUUCUCUGCGCUUUCAGCAACUAACUGCCGUGGAAAUGAUCAUAGUUCCGUGGAAAUAA